UCCCGCUCCCUUCUCUUUCAAUACCCUCGACAAACCUCACACGCUCUUUCGAACGGCCCUUUUCUUGUUUUAUUCUGUGAAUCUUUCAUCUUUGUUCCCUCUCUAGAUAUGGUCGUUGGUCGAGGAAAGCCCACUCUCGGAGAAGAGGUGCCGGUGGAAGGCAAGGGGUCCCGAAAUGACUCGGUCUUCAUUUUGGACGAUUCAUCUAUCGAGUCGGAGGUCGCCAAGCUACGUGGUAGAUGGGAACUCGCCUCGGUUCUCAACUUCCUUAUUGUUUUUGAGCCUGUGAUAGGGAGUGAUUUGAAGUUAACGGCGGAAGAGAUCGAGUUAGGGCUGAUUAAGCCUAAUGCUUCAAUUGCUGCACUUCAUAUCAGACUUUUGAUGGUUCUGUUAUUCCUCUUAGCAUUUGGAAUUUCUUUUAUUAAUAAGUGCCGUUGUUGA